AUGAGGCAGAAGAUAAAUGAACACUUUCCCUUCACCACUGGCAGCACUCUUCAGAAUGCAGUGUCACAACCAACCCUUGCCCCAGCAGCUUUCAAUGCAAACCAGAAUAACACCCUAUGUCUUCCCCUGAUGUCUGAAAACCACAAGAUAAUAUGGGUAUAUUCAGAUCAGGUUAGCAUUCAAGGGGACAAAGUAGCCAAGCUAGAUGAGGCCUUCAGCAGAUUUCCAUAUUUAACCCAAAAGGAGACCACCUCACUGGCUCAUAGCUGCUCGCUGCACCCUGACCUGGUAAAGGUAUGGUUCAUGGCACAGAGACUCCGCUAUGGGAUCAGCUGGGACUCAAAAGACAUUCAUAAAGUGAGAAGAAAAAUGCUUGGAGAAAUUGUAUCUAAGAAAGAGCUGCACAAAUGUGAAAAUGAAACCAUGAAAAACUUAAGCAGAGAAGAUGAGGAAGAGGUUGCCAGCCACUCAUGUAUAAUCAAAAAAGAGAUACUGAGCAACGCUGCUAUAGGGAAUCAAAUGAAUACUGAGAAAAAGCCAAGAGGAAGGAAAAGUAAAGUAUUGAAGAAAAAAGAUGAAGUUUUUCAUCUCAAUGUGACAAAGAUAAGUCAAAUGCCAUGGCCUAAAACUGAGACACCGGAGACAAAUUCCCACCCAUUUUUAAGUUCCUGUUCUAAACCGGACAUUGCACUUUUGCAAGAAAGUGAUGAAAAUUGUUUUGCCAUUCCAGAUCAGGCUCUUGAUAGGAGUCCAUCAGUCACUUUCCAGGUUACAUCUACACAGACAUCUUUAGUAAUGGAGCAAGAACAAAUGGAAACCAACCCUCAACAUCCUAAGAAGAAAAUGUUUACCCAGGAACCACCAACCUGCAGCAGUCUUGAUGGUUCGGUAGUCAAAAAACAGGGGUUGAGUCGCAGACGCCGUUUGAAUGGUAGGAUAAAGACACCAAAGCAGCUGGCAUUUAUGAAGAUGGAAUUUGUCAAAUACCAGUAUCCAAGCGAUGAACAAUACCGGGAAAUGUCACUGCUGACCGGUGUUCCUCGCGAAGGUUUGAUCCAGUGGUUCAGUGACAUGCGCUAUUUAAUUAAGAAAACUAAACCGACCUGGUUGAGUGUCAAGCAGCAUGAGAGGGCUGUGGCCAAUGUAAUCCAUGAGCAAUACAUUAGAAAGAUGAAGAUGCAAAACAUAGGGAGUGUGUCAAGUCAAAGGAAUUGUGAAGAAGUAACCUAGCAAAGUUUGAUUUCUUUUAGAAUCAACUGAAGAA